GUUGAAAUCCGGCAACUAGGCAGAGCACCUGUACUCAGAUAAUUAAUUUGAAUGACUGACUCUCCGUCCUUUUGCUGAAAGACCCUCGUUUUGCCACCCCCCUAGGUUGGUGCUAAUAAGAGGUGUUGGAAUGCCACCGUUGCCUCAGGCUGGAAUUCCCAGCCAGCGCCGCAUAGUACUCUAUCACCAAACAAUAGUACCGCGUGAGCGUGGCUACGUGCCCAUUUCACCAUUGAUAGACAAUCACACAGGGACAACACAUGUCAUCCUAGCCGCGUUCCAUAUCAACGGACGCCCAGGAGACAUCACCCUCAACGAUGAUCCCCCAGACAGCCCCAUAUACAAUGCCCUAUGGGAAGAAGUACCGCGUAUCCAGCGAGCUGGGGUAAAGGUCAUGGGAAUGCUAGGCGGCGCCGCUAUGGGCAGCUUUCAGCGUUUGGAUGGGCUGCAGCUUGAAUUCGAAGCCUACUAUACGCCCUUACUCGCUAUCAUCCGUCGCUACGGCCUCGAGGGGCUUGAUCUCGACGUUGAAGAAGCAAUGUCUCUACAAGGCAUCAUCAGGCUAAUCGAUCGCCUCAAAGCCGAUCUAGGCGAUGAUUUCAUCAUCACCCUGGCCCCUGUUGCCGCAGCGCUAGUCGGGAUGGGCAAUCUCUCCGGAUUCAGUUACCGCGAGCUCGAACAGAGCAGAGGGUCGAAGAUUAGCUGGUACAACACUCAGUUUUACAAUGGCUGGGGUACCGCGCAAGAUCUGCGCAUGUAUGCUGCCAUCAUUGCCACGGGCUGGUCGCCGAACAAGGUCGUCCUGGGUUUGUUGACAAAUGCUGAGAAUGGCAGUCAGGGUUACGUCUCGUCGAAGGUGAUCGGGCCGCUGCUGGCAUUAUUGAUCUUGCAGUUUCCGGAUUUUGGAGGCGUGAUGGGAUGGGAGUAUUUCAAUGCGCUGCCGGGUGAGCACCAGAAGCCGUGGCAAUGGGCGGCAGAAAUGUCGCUUAGUAUGGGCAUGGCACAUGUGCUUUCGGUCGCGCAGAUGACUGCCGGCAUGGGUGCGCUGAGAGAAGGUCUGCUGAAUUUCCUGAGCAAUGUGCAGAAUCAGAAUAGAGGCCAAUAAAUCAAGUUUGUUCUACUUGAAAUCAACAAUUUUGGUUUUGUAAAUGAUUGCCGUUCAAUUGGAUCAUAAUGAUUAAUGAUUUCGCGAUUCUCCAGCCCAGACUUGCCUGCUAUAGAUAUAUGAAGCUGUUCUUGAGCCCGUAUAUAUGUUAUGAGACUCUCAAGCUAUAAUUACUCUUUCGUAUAUUAGGUACUGGACUGCUAGUGUCAUUAUGGCCUAUAUCUGCGAAUGUUAUUUGUUGCCACUAUGCACCUGUCGGAAUUAUUCC